ACAUGGCGGCGUUCCGGUGGUGGUGAAAAAAGGGCGUUUUUUUGCGUCAGCGACGACGGUGGGCUGCGCGUCGGGACUGCGACAGGCGCCCGCCUCUUGAGGCGGCGUCGACGAAAACAGCGGCACCGGCCGAGGCGUCCAAGCGCCCGAUGGCCGAGGACGGACACCCAUGAGACCAGGGGAGCAGGCCGAUAGCCGCAGCGCCGACGCCAUCCACGAGGAGCGACAACAGCUGGAGCAGCAGGCCGAGACCAUCUUGUUCUCGCACGGCAGCCUGUAUGCCGUCAUUGCUAUGCUCACGCUGGCCGUGCUCUUUUGUGCUGGUGUGCUCGCCUACAGCGUCCGCAGGAACGACCUGCUCAAAACCGAGUACCGCCGCGUCUUGGAAGCCUUCGCGCUGAGGAGAUCCAGGACGACUAGGUUCCCCACCGAGCCCGAACCAACCGAAACAUCCGAAACCAUGGGCCCGGCACCCAAACUCGACGAAUCCACUCAGGACGCCAUCCUCCUGCUCCUGACGCGCAAGCCCAUCUCUAAUAUACAGCAUCCUAAUCUAAACAAGCGCCCCACAACAAAACUCAUGACGACUCCCGGCGGCGAUACGGUUUACUACGACGACUUGGCCAGCGGCAUCAAGCGAACGCCAAAAGGUACACGGAGUGGUCGAUCUACGCAGCAAAAAACCACCGCGACUCGAAACGAGACGGCAACGAGCUCGUCGUCCAGCGAGCAAGCGCUCGUUGAGUCAGCUUCGACGACAGUAACGACGCUAAGAACGACUGCGAACGCAUCACGAGAGACGGAGCUUUCGGAACUCGAAACGUCGUCGCCGGCCACGUUUGCGACGACCGCCAGAGCAAGAAUUGCGUCCGAGGUCACGCAGAUCUCAGUUAUGAAUUCCACGGACCUCGACCGCAACAGCACGCAGUUGAACGCCGACUACGGCACCGACGAUGACUCGGGCGAUGACGACGCCUAA